AGCCCCGCCGCCGCCAUGGGCCGGGUCCGGCCGGGCGAGCGCGGGCCUCCCGGCCCCGGCCCCGGCCCCGGCCCCGCCGCUCCACCGCCCGCGCCCCGCCGCGCCCGCGCCCUGGCGCUGCUCGGGGCCCUGGUCGCCGCCGCCGCCGCCGUUGCCGCCGCCCGGGCCUAUGCCCGCCACGCCGAGGCCCAGGCGGCCGCACGGCAGGAGUCAGCACUGAAGUCCCUGGGGACAGAAGGCCUCUUUCUCUUUUCCUCCUUGGACACAGACCGGGAUUUGUACAUCAGCCCGGAGGAGUUCAAGCCCAUUGCUGAGAAGCUGACAGGCUCAGCUCCUGCUGCCAGCUAUGAGGAGGAGCUGACCCUUGACCCCAGCGAGGAGACGCUCACCAUAGAAGCCCGAUUCCAGCCUCUGAUCCCGGAGUCCAUGACCAAGAGCAAAGAUGGGUUCCUGGGGGUCUCCCGCCUGGCCCUGUCCGGCCUCCGCAACUGGACGACUGCGGCCUUGCCGAGCGCGGUGUUUGCUGCCCGACACUUCCGGCCUUUCCUUCCUCCUCGGGGCCAAGUGGAGCUGGGGGAGCCGUGGUGGAUCAUCCCCAGUGAGCUGAGCGUCUUCACCGGCUAUUUAUCCAACAACCGCUUCUACCCACCACCGCCCAAGGGCAAAGAGGCCCAGGCCUGCAGGUCCAGAGCGGAAACUCACCUAGGGGAUCAGGACCCAACAAGCCGGCACGGGUCUCCACUGCCCUCCCCUCAGGUCAUCAUCCACCGGCUCCUGAGCAUGUUCCACCCUCGGCCCUUCGUGAAAACCCGCUUUGCCCCUCAGGGGGCUGUCGCCUGCCUGACCGCCAUCAGCGACUUCUACUACACUGUCAUGUUCCGGAUCCAUGCCGAGUUCCAGCUCAGCGAGCCACCUGACUUCCCUUUCUGGUUCUCGCCGGGCCAGUUCACUGGCCACAUCAUCCUCUCCAAAGAUGCCACCCAUGUCCGAGACUUCCGGCUCUUCGUGCCCAACCACAGGUCUCUGAAUGUGGACAUGGAGUGGCUGUAUGGGGCCAGUGAGAACAGCAAUAUGGAGGUGGACAUUGGCUAUAUCCCCCAGAUGGAACUGGAGGCCGUGGGCCCAUCGGUGCCUUCUGUGAUCUUGGAUGAGGAUGGCAACAUGAUCGACAGCCGCCCACCCUCAGGGGAGCCCCUCCAGUUUGUCUUUGAGGAGAUCAAGUGGCAGCAGGAGCUGAGCUGGGAGGAGGCUGCCCGGCGCCUAGAAGUGGCCAUGUACCCCUUCAAGAAGGUCGCCUAUCUGCCAUUCACCGAGGCCUUCGACCAAGCCAAGGCCAAGAACAAGCUGGUGCACUCAAUUCUGCUGUGGGGGGCCCUGGAUGACCAGUCCUGCUGAGGUUCAGGGCGGACUCUCCGGGAGACUGUCCUGGAAAGUUCGCCCAUCCUCGCCCUCCUUAAUGAGAGCUUCAUCAGCACUUGGUCCCUGGUGAGGGAGUUGGAAGACAUGCAGAACAACCAGGAGAACCCGUCCCACAAGAAGCUCGCAGACUUGCACCUGGAGAAAUAUAGCUUCCCCGUGGAGAUGAUGAUCUGCCUGCCCAAUGGCACCGUGGUCCACCACAUCAAUGCCAACUACUUCUUGGACAUCACCUCCAUGAAGCCUGAGGAUAUUGAGAACAACGUCUUCAGCUUCUCGUCCACCUUUGAAGACCCGUCCACGGCCACCUACAUGCAGUUCCUGAAGGAAGGCCUUCGGCGCGGCCUGCCCCUCCUCCAGCCCUAGUGUGGCCUCAGACCAUGAGAGGCCAGGCUGGACGGGGUGGGGGGGAGCUGAGGCGAAGGCCUCCAACACUGAAGACAGGCCCCUCGGGCUCAGAGCCAGCGGUCUUGGCACAUUUCAAACUUCGGGCACCCCCACCCCGCCGCUCCCAGGCUGCCUGUGCGGUCGGAGGUCAGUGAAGGGUCAGACAAGGGGGUGCCUGGGGUGACCGGACGGAUGAACCUCUGACUCCAGCUGCCACCAUUAGCCCUUUACCACCCACGUGGUUCCAGAAGCUGCUCAGGACACCAGAAACGGGACCUCAGGUCAUCUCCCUGGACCUCACCCACUCAGGCACGAAGCCCAGGUCCUUGUGGGGUGAAGAUCCGGGAGGCGUGGUGCCAGGAAGACAGGGCACCCCUCUCUCCUUACAUUCACCGCCCCCCUCCCCCGAAAGAAACGUUAAGAAGGCCCGGACUGGGGGCUGGGGAGAGGUUGCCAGGGAAGCACUCUUGUUUGUCUGGAGCCUUCUUCCUGGCUGCCCUCCUAUGCCUGGUGUCCCCAGGGGAGUCCGUUUUAGCUGGAGACAGCCUUCUGGAGGCUCAGGGAAAAACCCUCCAGAAGAAGUCACUGUACCCCAGACCUCAGCUCUCCAGACCACUCAAUCCAACCUAAUGAUAGGGCCCCAACCCCUGAUUUGGGACUUGCUGGAAGCCAGCUGCUUGGGGAGGUUCACUGUGAAGUAGGCUUCUGCUCUUAGCAAGGGAGUCCACUGAGGAGUUUCCGAGGCCCAGGGCCAAGGCACCCCCACCUCCUACCCAGCAGGGGUCACAGUAGGACUACUGGAGCCAGCCCCCUGCCCCUCAGGCCCCAGCUCCACAGAAGUGUAGCUCAGCCAAAGAACACAGCCUCCCCCAGAGCUGUCAGGGCAGCCCAGACCCGCGUGCCCCCCCCCCCCCCACCGAAUGGCCGUUGACCUUGCUUGGCCUCUCUUAAGGCCUUGGUCUAUGUCCCAAGCCACUGACUACAGCCAGUCUUUUUUAUACCUGCAGAAAAGUGUUUUUACGUGAAGUUUCUCACAGUUUGUAGAUAUUUUUGAUAACCCCAACACUGAGGAGAAAGAAGGGGCGGUGUCUUCCCCCAGCAGCAGCCCCAUGAUGGCUGGGUCUGAAAUCCUAGAUGGGCCCAGCUUGAUGUCUUUGCAGCUGCACCUAUGGGAAGAAAUAUUCCUCUCUUCCUUUUCUUCCAGCUUUUUAAAAAAGAAAGUCACUGUACCCCCAACCCUAUCCUUGUCCUCCACUCAGGCCCAUGAGGGUCCCUGGGCUUUCAUUAAAGCCUUGGAGCCAAACCUCCCCAAACCCUGCCCCACAGGGGCUCACUCUUAAGCCUGGAAGAGGAAGGCAGACACUUGCUCGGACCACUCCUGGGCCUCCCAUAUGCUGAGUACCCCUGCCUGCCAUUGAAGGCAUACCGAGCCUUCUCUCUCGGGCACUCUGUUAACUUUACUUCUAUUUUCUCAUUUAAUCCUCACAACCUGUGAGGAGAUAUUAAUCGAUCCCACUUUGCAGAUGAAGAAACUGAGUCUCAGGGAAGUGAAGUGACUUGCCCAAGGUCACUGAGUGGUAGAGUUGAGAUUCAGCCUGUGUCUUGAUUUUGGUGUUUUGGUUUUGCACUGCACCCCCACCUCUCUCCCCUACCCAUUUUCACUGAGGUGAAAAAGUUCAAACCAAAAUGUCUCAGCCCCCUCUGAUCUCCAGACAAAAUGAGGCAUGAGCCAGCAAGCUCAGCCAAGUUCUUUGUGUCCUUUCUGGGAGGCAGUGCUUCUAUGCCCCUUAAAGGGAGGGAGGGCACCGAAGUCUGUCUCAGUGCUUCCUGGGGUGGGUGGUAGUAGCGAGUCCCAUGAGCCACCCAGUGUCAGCAGAGACUCCACCUCCCUACCCCACCCGGCAGGCUCUUCCCCUCCAUGAUGGUCCAGGAGGGCCCACCCCACACUGAGCAAUCCUUGUCCCUUGUAAGGCGCUGGUUGCUUGGGCUUUCUGAUCUUCAUCUCAUGCCUUUUCCUGACCGCCCCCCCCAACUGUGCCUUGAAGCUCAUGGUGGGGGAGGGCCCUAGCUGCCCUCUUGUCACCCCUCUGCCACUUCUCUCCCCUGUCCACAUGUCUUAUAAUAAAAUUGGAGAGACUA